AUGGUUUCUUGGAAUAACAUCUUUACCGUGGCCCUUGGCCUUAUCAGUUCGGCUCGUGCAUACACAAACCCCAUCCGAAACCCGGGAGGUGGUGAUCCACAGAUUACCUAUACUGGUGGUUACUACUAUCUCAUCUCGACGGAGUGGACCAACCUGCAGCUCUCUCGUGCCACUACUAUCGAGGGGCUCAAGACCGCUACUCCAAAAGUCAUUUUCACCGACUCAAAUCCUUCGCGAUCCUCCAACGUGUGGGCGCCUGAGCUCCACUACUUGGGUGGAAAAUGGUACAUCUACUACACUGCUGGUAAGGCUGAAGACCUUACUGGACAGCGUUCACAUGUCAUCAAAGGUGGUGCCACUCCCUGGGACAGCUGGUCCUAUGGAGCAAAACUCUCUGAUGACUGGGGUAUCGACGGUACCAUCCUGCGAACCAAUCAGUUCGGCAACUACUUUGUGUACUCUUGCAUGACCGGUGUUCAGUACCAAUCCACCUGCGUCCGCAAACUUGGGUCAGACUUCAUGUCCACCGGAGCUCUCAGCAUCAUCUCCCAGCCCGAUCAGGCUUGGGAAAAGAGCGGCACCCCCGUGCAAGAGGGACCAAACGCUCUGUAUUUCGGCGGAAAGACGUACAUCGCAUACUCUGCCAACUAUUGCUGGACUCCCGACUAUUGUGUUGCCACACUCGAAUGGGACGGAAAGACUGACCCAGCCAAAGCCUCUGCAUGGAAGAAGUCCAACGGCUGUGUCUUGAAGAGUGCGAAUGGAAGCUAUGGAACAGGCCACAACAGCUUCUUCCAGAGCCCCGACGGAAAGCAAACUUUCAUCACCUUCCAUGCUACUUCUAACAAGAACGGUGCUUGUGAUGAUACUAGAUAUGCCAUGACUCAGCCCUUGACUGCCAAUGCUGAUGGCACACCCAACUUUGGAAAGGUCCAGCCUUUCUCAUUCCAAUUUGCGGAGCCUUCCAAAUAG